AAAUUAUCGCCGAAUACCAAUCGAGGACCGCAUUCCGCCGAUACAGUAACAGUCUAGAAACUGCUCAUCGGAACUUAGCGUGUUAAUGCUAUUUGAGGGGUUCACUUGGCACUAGCGCCUGCGAUGGCGGGGUCUGCAAGGCACCAGAUACAUUCCAUCAACUCUAACCAACCUCUUCACCACCCAUCCAAUUGCUUUUAGCAUUUGCAUACACUUUCUAGUUGAGCCGUCUCAAUCACCUCCUUCGCCUAAAUCUUCACACACUCUCUCCUCACCUGUUCAAACAUGGCUCCACUAAAGGGGCCUGGCAAAGCAAAGACAUACGAUGGAUCUGGUUUACGCGUUGGAAUUGUCCAUGCUAGGUGGAACACACCUCUCAUCGAUGCUCUCGUAGAGGGGUCCAUCAAGUCUCUCAAGGCAGCAGGCGUCACAGACGAGAACAUAGUGAUCCAGAGCGUCCCUGGUAGCUACGAGCUGCCCUUUGCAGUUCAGCGCAUGUAUGCCGCUUCUCAGAUUCAAUCCUCGUCUGCCUCCGGCGGUGGCGCGCUCCUUGCCUCAGCGACCGAUCUUCUCUCCUCCACCUCCGUUACAGAUCUUACCAAGACCGAUACGUCCGCCGCGAAGGACACUGCGUCCACUGCACCGUUCGAUGCCAUAAUUGCUAUUGGUGUACUGAUCAAGGGCGAAACAAUGCAUUUCGAGUAUAUCGCAGACGCCGUCAGCCAUGGGUUGAUGCGGGUGCAGUUGGACGCGAACGUUCCCGUAGUCUUUGGACUGCUUACCGUGCUCACCGAGGAGCAGGGAAGGGCGAGAGCUGGGCUGUCGAGCGCGGAGAAUAGUCAUAACCAUGGGGAAGACUGGGGGUCCGCGGCGGUGGAACUUGGUGUAAAGAGGCGGGGCUGGGCGGAUGGGAAGUUGGAUGAUUAGAUGCUACCUAUGUAUCG